UGGAAAAGGAGGAGGAUGGACGGAAGGACAAAUGGCGAGAGGCUGGGGGAGGUGACCGAUCCCGUCAGGCGGCCGGCGGUGGCCCGGGCAUCGGCACGGAGGAGGAAAGCUGAGGAGUCCAGCGAGAGCCAUGAGGAGGAGCUGAUGAACGAUGGGCAGGACUUGGAUGGGUGGUUUUCCAGAGGCCAACGCUCCAGCCAAGCCACGACGCAGCCCAAGCUCAACCUGACCAAGCAGGCUUUGCCCUGGAAUGAGCAGUACAAAGGGAAGGCAAACUUGCACGUCUUCGAAGACUGGUGUGGAGGAGCUGUGAGGCACCUGAGGAAGAACCUCCAUUUUCCGCUCUUUCCCCAUACCCGCACCACGGUGAAAAAGCUGGCUGUGUCACCCAAGUGGAAGAACUACGGGCUGAGGAUUUUUGGCUACAUCCACCCCUUCAAGGAUGGGGAUUUCCAGUUUUCUGUGGCAUCGGAUGACAACUCGGAGUUCUGGCUCAGUUCUGACGACAGUCCUUCCAACUCCCGGCUGGCUGCGUUCGUGGGCAAGCUGGGCACCGAGUGGACGGCGCCAGGAGAGUUCACCAAAUUCAGCUCACAAGUCUCCAAGCCCCUCCGCCUUAUGUCCUCCAGACGCUACUACUUCGAGCUGCUCCACAAACAAGACGACCGAGGUUCAGACCAUGUGGAAGUUGGCUGGCGAGUUUUCCUCCCCAGCUUGAAGUUCGAAGUGAUUGACUCCUCCUACAUCUCUCUGUACACAGAUGAGUCGUCCCUGAAGAUGAACCACGUGGAGCACAUCCCACAGACCUUGGCCAGCCACAGUGGGAGCUACCUCUGGGAGGCACAGCAGGAUGAGCACGGGGCUGACAUGCUGAAGUCUGACCCCAGGGACACCUUCUUCCUCACACCUGCGAUCGAGGCCUCGCGAGUGGAGAAUGUGCUGGUGCCCUGUGCCUACAGCCCUACCUACGUGGUGAAGGACUUCCCCAUCGCCCGCUACCAGGGCCUGCAAUUUGUCUACCUCUCGUUCGUGUACCCCAACGACUUCACACGCCUCACUCACAUGGAGACGGAGAACAAGUGCUUCUACAGAGAGUCCCCCCUCUACCUGGAGAAGUUUGGUUUUUAUAAGUACAUGAAGAUGGAUGAAGAGGAGGAGGAUCCGCGCCAGCGAGCAUUUCUCUUUCUCAACCCAGACAACUUCCUCGAGGAUGAGGAGGAGGAGGAAGGAGUGGACAGCCCUGAGCCCACAGACCCGCCUCCCAGAGCCAAGGAGAAGGGCUUCGGGCCAGUACCUGGAGCCAGAGGGAAAGAGAGCCCGCCAGUCACUGGGGAUUAUGGAGACGACCUGGACUAUUACAGCUUUCGCCGCAAGCAGGGCCAGGCCCGGGAGGAAGCAGGCACGCCUGGGCAGCCGGGAGGAUGGGCCACGUCCCGCCGGGCCAGCACCAGCCCAGCGGCCGCCCUCCAGGACCUCCGCGGGGAGGAGGAUGUGGGCCCUGUGCUGGAGCAGGUCCAUGGGCGGGUGCUCAGUUGGUUACCCCAGGAUCCCGGUGAGGGUGAGGAGGAUGAGCUGGGGCUGCUGGUGUCUUCAAAGCAUGCUGGGGCCCUGAGCCUCCAACCCCACCUCUCCGUUCCUGUCUUUGGCGGCAAAGCCAGAACACCAGGUCCCAGCAAGGCUGCAGCACCCAGGGAGGAGAAGAAGCCCCGGAAAGUCCAGGAGAAGGUUUAUGUGACCAGGUUGCAGCCAGGGAAGCGCAAAGCCCCGGCACAGGAGCCGGCCUUCCCCAGCAUCUUUCUUUACCCAAAGCCUCUGAAGAAAGUCCACCUGCGCUCCAGGACCCCUCAGAAGCACCCCAUGGCCUCCAGCAAGCUCCGUGCCAUCCCUGGCCACCGCAGCCCCUGGAUCCUGAGCAACCUCUCCAAGGAGAGGGAUGCUGCCAGGCGGAAGAGUGCCCGUACGGGUGGCAGGAGGUGGGAACGGCCGCCCAAGCUGAGUACCGAGCGGCGGGCACUGCCCAGCCUCCUUGCCCUGGGGACUGAAGGGCUCUUCAGCAGGGAGACCCACGAGGACACGACUCCUGCCCCAGGCAAGAUGGCGGCCACUGCCGCUUACAAUUCCUCCGAGGCGGCCCGCUCAGAGGGGCCGCGGGUGACAUCCUUUCUGAAGAUGUCAGAGACGACGGCAUCCCAGCGGGAGGAGGGAAAGGGCCAGGAGGAAGAGGAGGAGGAGGAAGAAGAGGUGUCAGACUACAGCUACGAGACUGGGGAGCUGCAGCAGGGCUGGCUGGAGGACUCCAUCAACUGGCAGAGGACAUUCAGUGUCAGCUCGGUGGACUUCGAGCUCCUGCGCUCUGACUGGAACGAUCUGCGCUGCAACGUGUCAGGCAACCUGCAGCUGAGCGAGAGCGAGGUCGUCGACGUGGUGGCACAGUACAUGGAGAAGCUCAACGAGAAGAACGGAGGCAUCUACACCCUCCUGAGGAUUGUCAACGUGGAGAAGCGUCGGGACACGGCGCGCGGGAACCGCUACUUGCUGGAGCUGGAGCUGGCGGAGCGGGGCCAGCGGACGGUGCGGCUCUCUGAGUACGUCUACGUCCUCCUGCACCAGGGCAAGCAGGAUGACAGCGCUGAGGCCAACCCCGACGGGCCGGCCCCAGGGGCCACUGAGCCCCAGCCGAGCCCCUGGAGCAUCCUCUACGGGAAACCCAUCCUGUGCCGGCCACUGCGGCUCAGCUGGAAGCAGGAUGUCAUGGUGCACUUCGUGGUGCCCGUGAAGAACCAAGCCCGCUGGGUCCAGCAGUUCAUCUCGGACAUGGCCCGCCUCUAUGGGGCUACGAAGGACACCAACUUCAACGUCAUCCUGGUGGACUUCGACAGUGACGACAUGGAUGUUGAGAAAGCCCUGCAGGAUGCCCGACUGCCCCGCUACCAGUACCUGCGGCGCACGGGGAACUUUGAGCGCUCAGCCGGGCUGCAGGCUGGUGUGGACACAGUCGAGGACGGGCACAGCAUCGUCUUCCUCUGCGACCUGCACAUCCACUUCCCCCCCAAUAUCCUGGACAGCAUCCGGAAGCACUGUGUGGAGGGGAAGCUGGCCUACGCGCCCAUUGUCAUGAGGCUGAGCUGCGGCAGCUCCCCGCGGGAGCCCAACGGCUACUGGGAGGUGAAUGGCUUUGGCCUCUUCGGCAUAUACAAGUCGGACUUUGACCGCGUGGGAGGGAUGAACACGGAGGAGUUCAGAGACCGCUGGGGCGGGGAGGACUGGGAGCUCCUGGACAGGGUCCUUCAGAGCGGGCUGGAGGUGGAGCGCUUGCGUCUCAGGAACUUUUACCAUUACUACCACUCCAAGCGCGGCAUGUGGAACGCCCGCAUCAAGAAGCCACCCAAGGACUAGCAGCGCUCCAGCCUGGCCCGAAGCCCCCGACCCCCCCGCGCCCACCGGAGGCAGGUCACCGCCGGCCCCUGCUGCGCCCCGGCCUCGGCUGACACG